AGGCAGAGCAGAAAGUACCAUUCUGCGUGCGCUGAUUGUUAAUACACUACGUUUCUUUCAUUAUCUCUGAAAGCAGAGAGUUCAGGCUCACAGUGUCCAUCCUGACUGCCUUGAUCUACUGAGAGAAGCACAUCUGCCUUUAUCACAGCAGCGCUUGGAAUUUUAGUGGACCCCCUUGCAAUGUUUAGUUUAUUCUGACGUUUGAGAGAUUGGAUUCUCUUUGUUCUGUGAUCUCAAAAAAUCCUCAACCCCCUGGCCCCUAAUUGCUGUAUUUGAUAUGUAAAAUGGAAAUAACCCAGAACUUCUUAAUAAGCCCGCAGAGGCACGGAUUCAGCAAGGAAGCGAGCAUUUGUGGAGCAUCUGCUGUGCGCACGACACUGCUGGGCCCAGCACAGGCGUGAAUGAGGCGUGGCCCCUGCCCUCAAGGAAUAUGUGGCUUAGUGGUAGGAAAAGGCACGGCUGUUACCGGUGCCACGGUACAAGUUGAUGUAGGGUUGGACGUACAAAUGUAAGAGCUGCACGUAAGUUCUGCUGGCUGGUGGGAGGGGAAAUCAGGAGGCAGCAUAGUAUAGGGAAGAGAACGUUAGCUUUAGAGUCAGAAGAGCUGGGUUUAUGGAAUCUCACUUCUCUAUAUAUUAGUUGUGUGACCUUGAUUCCUCUGGGCCUGGGUUGCCUCAUCUAAAUAAAGGAAAUAAUGAUCCCUCCCCACCAUGGUCUACGUGAGUGUGGAAUUGUACACAUGAGUGUGGAACUGUACACAUGUGUGCGAUAGAGUUUAUCUGUCUGAGCUCUAGGGGCAAGGUCAUGUUCCUGAAUAAAAGGGCUGUUAGGCCGCUUGUGAUUGCUAAGACAGAAGAUUUUAUUUGAAGUAAAGAUCUCAGAUGAAACGCAAACAGGCAUCAGCAACCUCUCGAAGAUUUAAUCAUGUGGGCAACCUGCUGCAACUGGUUCUGCCUGGAUGGACAGCCUGAGGAGGCCCCACCGCCCCAGGGAGCCAGGACGCAGGCCUAUUCCAACCCUGGGUACAGCUCCUUCCCUUCUCCCACGGGCUCAGAACCAAGCUGUAAGGCCUGUGGGGCCCACUUUGCAAGCAUGGCCAGGAAGCAGACCUGCCUGGACUGUAAGAAAAACUUCUGCACGACCUGUUCAAGCCAAGUGGGGAACGGGCCCCGCCUCUGCCUUCUCUGCCAACGCUUCCGAGCCACAGCCUUUCAGCGGGAGGAGCUCAUGAAGAUGAAGGUGAAGGACCUGAGGGACUAUCUCAGCCUCCAUGACAUCUCUACUGAAAUGUGCCGGGAGAAGGAGGAGCUGGUGUUCUUGGUGCUUGGCCAGCAGCCUGUAAUCUCCCAGGAGGGCAGGACUCACGCCCCCACCUUGUCCCCGGACUUCCCCGAGCAGCAGGCCUUCCUGACACAGCCUCACACCAGCACAGUACCUCCUACCUCACCCAGCCUCCCUUCUUCACCCCCAGCCCAGGCUCAGGACCGGCAGCAGGCCAAUGGCCAUGUGUCUCAGGACCAAGAGGAACCUGUCUACCUGGAGAGCACAGCCAGAGCACCUGCUGAGGAUGAGACCCAGUCCGUCGACUCAGAGGACAACUUCGUCCCGGGCCGGAGGGCCUCUCUGUCUGACCUGACUGACCUGGAGGACAUUGAAAGUCUAACUGUGCGGCAGCUCAAAGAGAUCCUGGCUCGCAACUUCGUCAACUACAAGGGCUGCUGUGAGAAGUGGGAGCUGAUGGAGAGGGUGACGCGGCUGUACAAGGAUCAGAAGGGACUCCAGCACCUGGUGUGUGGUGCUGAAGACCAAAACGGAGCGGUGCCAUCCAGCCUGGAGGAGAACCUGUGUCGGAUCUGCAUGGACUCACCCAUCGACUGUGUUCUGCUGGAGUGCGGCCAUAUGGUCACCUGUACCAAGUGUGGCAAGCGCAUGAACGAGUGUCCCAUCUGCCGGCAGUAUGUGAUCCGAGCCGUGCACGUCUUCCGAUCCUGAGGGCUUGCACCGGCUUCUUCAGUGCCUUACAGGGACAUAGCCCAAGGUGUCUGGCCCCACAGUUGGCCAGCUUGCAGAGGGGCAGGCUAACAAGAAAAUUGGCAGUGUUCCCGAGACGAGGGCAAGCAUAGAUGCUGUGUCACCUCUGGGCAUGCCUGUCUUGCUUCAGAGGUGCACCUUGUGGCUGGCAUAGCCUGAGGCCAGUGGGAACUGGUACAGAUCGCACAGGCAAGUCCCUGUUUCAGUGAUCUUGGGGUGAGGAUGGUAACUGAUGAAGAGAGGACUUUCUGGAAUUUGGACCAUAUCUUCCUCCCUUCUUCUGAGAACCUAAACAGUUUCACCCUUCCUCCUGUAGCCCACCCAUCCCCCUGAGCUGUGGUGCCUCUGUUUCAGCCAUCAGAAGUCCUGGUAGAAAUGGCUUUCUUCUUCCCCAGCACGUCUGGAUUCAUUUCUGGCCUCUCUGGCUUUCUGUGCUUUAAUUGACCUUUGCUAAAGUCUUUUGCUACAUUACCUAAAAUCCAUUUGUUUCUUCAGACCAAAAAGAUGUUAGCUUACCAGACCAAUAGUGAUCCUCCUUAGGAUAGAAUUUGGACCAGUAAACUUAUUUCUGGUGAGAAAUGAAACACAAAUGCUAUUGAAAAAAUCUGGAGUCGUUAAAGAGUUGCUUCCUUAAGUGCUGGGAUUGGAAGCCAUCAGUCUCCUGACCUGACCUCAGGAGUAAGCAAAGUGGCUGGCUUUCAGACUGCUGGGAAGUUCCAGCGUCUGUGUGAGAGAUGGUUCAUGGGUCAUCUCUGCUUCUUCUCUUGGGGCCUGACUUUGUGCCAUCCUUAAUUUUAGUUUACGAGAAAAGGGAAAGCGUUGGGUGGAAGCUGUGGCUUUCUGCUUGGCUUUGACUUCUCCAGCAGCCUUAAAUCACUUUCCCCUGGGCAUGAGGUCCCGCUUUUCCAUGAGGUUUUAAACAUGGUGUCACAGAAGGCACAGACUUAAGCAAAGAGCCUUACUCUUCUCUAGCCAGACUUCUCAUGAAGUUCUAGGAGACCAAGCAUUUAAGACAGAGCACCUAGGAGUGUCAGAAGGUACUGAGCACGGCUGGAUUCAGCCCUUGAGCAGAUGGCUGGAAGUCUUAGCUCCCCAGGUUGGUGGGGAUUCCCUACUCCCAUUUCCUUUCUCAGCCUGCUGAUUGAGGGGCAGGUCGGGAAGAAGCAUUCUCUAGGCCCUCUAGGAAGGGCUGUGCAAUGAGUAGGUGAUGUUCUUGAGCGCUUAGGGUCUUUUCACCACUGGAAGAGCUGAAGUUUGCUGGAGAAGCUUCGCCAAGCACAAAUGUACAUACUGUGUACUAUCAGAAGAGCAGUGUGUGCCAGCGCUGUUACCACUGGAUGAGCUAUGCAAACCCUUAAAUACGAGGGCCUUGGCAGUCCCCCUCCCCACCCCCACCCCAUACAGCCAAGAUCUCUCAGACUAGAAGAACCAAUCAUAACUUUGGAAAACGGUGGGAAAGCCUCUAAGGGGACCUGUUUAUUGGUACAGACACGCUUAAUGCUUUCUCUCCAUCAACCACUAAGCCCUUUUGGGGGCAUGAAAUAAUUUUAUAAAGUGGUUGUCAGAUGAACACUGGACCACUUACCUUGACAUUAUAGCAAGUCCUGGAUGAUUUGAUUCUGGGCUACAGCCUUUGUAGGAACUGGGGGAAUCAAGAAAUUUCCCUGUAAAGAUAUCAUCUUUCACCUUUCUGCUGGACAGUAAAUACUGUAGUUUACAGUGCCUACCAGUUUAACAAAGGAUUCAGCUACUCCUCAGUUCCACUGUGAAGCAGGCCUACAUAUAUGCAGCUCAGUUACAACCUAGCAAUAACUUCAGGGCAGAAGCUGGCUGUCUCCCUGCUUAAAACUCACUUUCUCUGCUGAGGCCUUACCUCUCCCUACCUCCCAGUUUCCCUCUUAGGCCUGAGUUAAUAAUAUCCUGAUGGUUGGUUUGUAACCUCACUAAGAAUUAGAACUGAUGUCAUUUACUCAUUUUGGAGAAAGAACUUGCCUUGAAGUCUAACCUCUUUUGAUGAAGGUUUCCAUUUAGGAAAAAAAAGGUAUCAAACAGCUCCCCCCUUUUUUGUAUCUUCUUUAUUACCACACCAAAUAAAGGUUGGGAAUCCUGAGGUCCCAUUUCAGUUACUCUCUCACCUACAGGCAGGAAACUUGAUUUUCAUCCUUGAUUGCGCUCUCCUGCCCCUCAUGGGUCCUUGGUCUUAAUUAUCAUGGAAACACCUAAUUCUGCCAUUAUUCCGUGGCUUUUGCUGUGAUUGUUCUGAGAUUUCAGUUGAGACUUGUUUUCAAAGACAUGGACAGCUGACCGGUUCAUAAUACGCUGGAAUAGCUGGAUCCAGACUAGUAAGAAUAAGCUGUACAGGAAUUAGUGCUCAAUAUAGAUUGUAUAAAUUUGUUGAAAUCUUUUGGAUGUGAAUGUGUUAUUUCAAGUGGCUUAUAUUAAGAUUUUCUCAGACUUACUUGGGUGUUAAGAGCAAACCCAAAUGUGUAUUUUUUGUUACAGAGCUCUGCUUUAUAAUUUUGUAAUAAAAUUUCAAUACAGA